AUGAAUUCCAUGUCCACGCCCCGAAUCCUCCCUGCUCACCUCCAUGCAUUUGCUCCGAAUGCCACCUCCCACAACACAGUACGCAUGCUGGGAAUCAUAAGCCACGUCAACGGCGAUCAGGCGACGUUGACCUGCGGCUCAGACGCGGUGACAAUUCUCCUGGCGAGAGACUCCCACCUCUCGGUCGGCUCCAUGUACGAAAUUGUGGGCAAAGUUACCAACACGGACGGCGGGCACGGCUUGGGUCUACGAGUCCUCAGCAGCACGGAAUGGCCUCGAAACGAAAAUGGACAACUUCCAGACCUGAAGUUGUUCGAGGCAGUCGUGGACGUCACCCAUCGGUACAAGAACAUCUUCUACGGUGACUCCGAGUCCGGCAUGGAUGGGGGAUAUUGA